GUCGCUCUGUUUCCGGACACGAUCACGUGGGUCCGUCUCGCGCACGCGCACACGGAAGGUGUGGGGGUCAGCUGGUGAUGCAGACAAGAUGCCCACUGCCACCAUCGGCCCUGUGUAGCAGCGGAGAGCCGCAGACUCCCCCUGUCGUCCCCCCAGCUCAGCUGCAGGUUGUAGUCCGACACACGGAGCUCCAUGUCUGUGGCGAAUGCGAAACACACGGUCCUGAAACCGGUGAUCCCAUACACAGGGCCCGUACCCGGAGGCCUGCAGCCUGGGGAGAUCAUCAUCAUCCAGGGCACCGUGCCCCCAGAUGCUGACCGGUUUCAGAUCGACCUGUCGAGCGGCUGCAGCACCAAGCCGCCCUCUGACGUGGCCUUCCACCUUAGCCCGUGCUUCACAGGCCCGCCUCGGGUGGUAUGCAACUCCCUGCUGCAGGAGACCUGGGGCAAGGAGGAGACGCUCCAUCAGCUGCCCUACAAACGCGGAGCCCCCUUCGAGACCAUCAUCCUGGUGCAUGACGACGUCUUUAAGGUGGCAGUAAAUGGUACUCACCUGCUGAGCUACAAGCACAGAAUCCCACUGAACAGGGUCGACACAUUUUCUAUUUCGGGGAAAGUCAGGGUGCACGCUAUUGGCUACAUCCCAAACUCUGCAAUAUAUUCAGAAUCAGGUGACUUGAGCCUCCCUUACAAAGGCAGCAUACUGAAAGGACUGAGCCCAGGGCAGCACAUCACAAUCAAAGGACAGGUCAGCAUGUAUCCUCACAGUUUCACAGUGAACCUCUGCAACAGCAGGACGGAGAACAUCGCCCUCCACCUGAACCCUCGCAUGAAGUCGGGUGUGUUCAUCAGGAACUCGUACCUGAGUGAGACGUGGGGUCAGGAGGAGCGGGAGCUGCCCUUCUUUCCCUUCUCAUCGGGGGAGUACUUCGAGAUUCUCAUCCUCUGUCAGCCCCAUCAGUUCAAGCUGGCAGUGAACGGCUCGCACUUGUUCGAGUUCAGACAUCGGGUGCAGGACCUGAGCAGCAUCGACCAGCUGGAGAUCAUGGGAGACCUGGAGCUCACUGAUGUUAAACUGUGGUGACUCGGGAGCCCACGCCAACACAGAAACCAGCGUUACAGACACGUCGAGUCCUGGUGAUCGACGCUAAAUUAGCUUAGCCACAAUGACCCAGACGGUGGAUGCUAAAAACAUCAAAAACCCUGAGCUGACUUCUGGUUCGACUUUCAAAGAAAAAAGUGAAGAAGAAAAAAAAGAGGUAUUAAACUAAUCCAGUCAUUAUCAGGUCCAACCAUCGACAACAUGAUCCAUCUUUCCAGCUGGGAAAAGAAGACUGAUGCAUGAGCGUUGGCCGUGCCGGAGUAUCAGGGCUGUGAGCCACCAUGACCGUUUACAGAGUUAGGGUUGCCUUGGUUCAUAUCUUCCACUGUCUCUAGUUUCUCUCUGCUGUGAUACGCCAUUAGUGCACUGUAUAAUUAAAACAGCAAAUAUUUCAAUGUAAAUAUUAUGACGUAGGAUGGAGCAUUCGGAGGAUAUAGAAUUAUUUGUGAGAUUUCGAGAAUAAUGCUAUAUUACGGAAAUAAAGUUUAAUGAGAGAUUUAAUGAGAAAAAAGUCAUAAUAGUACGAGCAUGUAGAAAAUUGAUUAAGGAAAUCAGCAGCAAGGAGGACCCGUGGUCUUCAGAGUUCCACUCCCUCUGGAUGCAAAAUCUUGAAAAAGAAAAUAAGAAACAUCAAUGGUGAAGUAUUUUGUUAUGUGUUAAACCGACACUAAAAUAGACUUGACAAGAUGUUCCACAUUCAUCAUUUGUACACAGGCGACUGGUUGAUCAUCUGAUAUUCCCUCUCUAUGAUGACACGCAACCUUAUUUUAAGACUUUAUUCUCAUAACAAUACUGUAUUCUCAAAAUCUCAAAAGAUUUUUGUUCCACUGUAAGUGAACAUAAAUACAACUCUGGUGUAAAUAAGCACUUAAAUCCUGGCUUUGUUUAAAUGUCAUGAAAGUCUGCAAUAUAAAACAAUGAAUGAAACUGUUGGGCCCAUUUUUUCUUUUGGAGCAAAGCUCAAUAAAUCCAAUUUAUUGUACAGCUAAGUUAAAGAAAUCAUUUUUUAAUAAAAUGUUUUAUGUGAUUACUAUUUUCUUUGGUGAGAAAAAUGUAUUGUCCUGUCAUUAUCAUUUUCACCUGCAAUCUUUUGCCCAGUUCUUGAUUUACCUUUCUUCCCCUUUUUUAAAAAAUAAUAUUUUUUUUAACCUCAUUCUUUAACACAACUCCGCGUGUGCUUGACAUUGAAAUCAAUUCAUGUCUUAGUGCAGCAGGACUCAAGCACAGUGCAAUACAGGGUCAAUUAAAACUCUUUAUAAUAACCUAACAAAUGCUGUUUUGCGACCUUUACGUAAGUUUUAAAAAGCAAUCCUGCAUCUAUGUCCAUCACUUGUGCCACUAUUCUACUACUCCUGCUCCAAAA